CCGUGUUCCGAACUUCUGCUUCUGCUCCAGGAAGGGCAUAAACUCUGCUGUAGUGUGUGUGGUGUGUGUUCAGUCAUGGCUCGUCUGCUGCUGAGGGCCAGUGUGAGAGGCUAUUUCACCUCACCGCUGAGGAGAGGAUCAGAUCAGCUGGGUGAUCUGGGUUCGGGAGCUGGUAAAGGAGGAGGAUCGGGCGGCUCGAUUCGGGAAGCUGGAGGAGCGUUCGGGAAGAAACAGGCGGCCGACGAGGAGCGAUACUUCAAGCAGAAGGAGAAGGAGCAGCUGGCGGCUCUGAAGAAACACCAUGAAGAAGAGAUCGACCAUCAUAAGAAGGAGGUCGAGCGUCUGCAGAGAGAGAUCGACCGACACAAGGGCAAGAUCCGCAAACUCAAACACGACGACUGAAACACCACGUCCAUCGCCAUCAAUCACUCCCUGUGCCUGAUCUCUCCGUCUGCAUGGGCUUUAAUCGACCUGUGCGGAAACAUGUGCUUUAAUAAACCUGUGCAUUAUCAAUAAACCUGUGCAGAAACAUCCAGACAUCUGAAGUUGAUGUGAAGCUCGAGUCGUGUGAACAAACUGCUGGAGAGAUAUUUUAAGACUGUUUGCAUGAGGGACAACAUGGGGAAUUUUAUCUUUUGGGGCAAUAUUUUGAGCAUAGAAUGUGUUUAUAAUUUUUCAUAACUAAAAAACGUUGCUAAAAUGGGUUUAAGGAGCGUCCUUUACUGAUAAAACGAUUCUGGGUGAUGUUCAAAUGUCUUUAUAUGAUCCAAAGCAAACUACAGCUCAAAGCUCUCACAACAGCUGGACUCUCUGUAUUAGAGUCAUUAAACACCAAAUGAUGUC